GCCCAAUCUGCGGAGCUGAUUAGUUCAUUCUGGCAACCCGUACAGCACCCGUCAGUCGUGCAGCUGUUCAUCCUCCACUCCUCUAACUUCUGUCUCUUUCUUCUAUUUAUUCACUUAUUUCACCUCCACCGCUGUGACGGGCUUCAGGAUUUAAUCCCCAAGCCGCAGCUCAGACUCCGAUGAGGAUCAGAUCAGCAGCUCCACUUUAAUCCCGAUGAUAAUAAAAGUUUGUCCAGCAGGAGAUGAGUUCUGUGUGGAAGAGACUGCAGAGGGUCGGGAAAAAGGCCACCAGGUUCCAGUUCGUGGCUUCAUAUCAGGAGCUUACAGUGGAGUGUACAAAGAAAUGGCAGCCUGAUAAACUACGUGUGGUGUGGACCAGGAGAAACAGACGCAUCUGCUCAAAGCUUCACAGCUGGACGCCGGGGAUUAAGAACCCCUACAGAGGCACAGUGGUGUGGCCCGUCCCCGAGAACGUCGACAUCACCGUCACACUCUUCAAGGAUCCUCAUGCAGAUGAGUUCGAGGACAAAGACUGGACCUUCGUCAUCGAGAAUGAAACAGUGAAGGGUCAGCGUAAGGUUUUGGCUUCAGUGGAUGUGAACCUGAAGAAGUUUGCGAGUGCGACAGUGACACAGAAGGACCUAACACUGAAGCUGAAGCCCUUAUCAGUGAAGCUGACUGAAGCCACACUGAAGCUCUCGCUCUCCUGCGUGUUCCUCAGAGAGGGAAAAGCCACAGAUGAGGACAUGCAGAGUGUAGCGAGUCUGAUGAGUGUGAAGCCAACAGACGUCGGGAACCUAGAUGACUUUAAUGAGAGUGAUGAAGAGACAGAUACAUCAGGUGCAGUUGUUCCCACACACCCAGUCCUGGUCCCUGUCUCUAUCCCAACACUGCAUUCUCGUCCUCCUUUACCUGCUCCCUCUAUUCCAUCUCUCCGUCUAUCAGGCCCUCCCUCUGCCCAUCGGGCGACUCCACCCAUCACACACUCACACACACCCUCGCAAACACACACACACUCACUUACACCUGGUGUGUCUCCUCCAACUCUGCCAAAAAUCUUCCAGCCUUCACCUGGAUCAGCUCCUGCAGCCUUCACCAGGAGAUUUUCUGCUACAGAUGACCUCAGCAUGACCCCCGCUGUGACCUCUGACCUGCUACAGCAACACCACUUUGAUGCUGUUCCUGCUUUUAGCCAAAAUCUCACUGCGUCUGAGACCCAGACAGAUGUUCCUCAGCUUUCUGUUCUCGAUACCAAACUCGUACCUCCUCCCGUCUCUCCGUCUCCUGUCCUCUCCUGCUCACCUCACGCUCUGUCUCUCACACAGUCGUCCAGCUCAGCAUCAGCUCCUUCACUCUCGUCUCCUCCUUCACUUCCCUCCUGUUUGGAGACAUGGAGGUCAUCUGGUCCUGACCCCAUGACCCCUGUGCCUUUACUCAUCAGCCCUGAUCUCGAUGCAUUCUGUGAACCUGUUUCUGCCCCUGUUGCUUUCUCAGACCCCCCUGUUACCCCCCAGUCUGCCCCAGUGUCUCACCCACACCUGGACCAUGUCCUAAAUUCUGCCCAUUCCACUUACUCUUCACUUCUUGCUUCUUCUCCUCUUUCCUCUCAUUCUUCUCUCUCUUCACCCUCAGACUCUUCAGAGUUUAAGGCUAACAGCGGCAAGGCUAACAGCGGCGAGGCUAACAGCAGUGAGGCUAACAGAGGCGAGGCUAACAGCGGCGAGGCUAACAGCAGUGAGGCUAACAGCGGCGAGGCUAACAGCGGCGAGGCUAACAGAGGCGAGGCUAACAGAGGCGAGGCUAACAGCGGCGAGGCUAACAGCGGCGAGGCUAACAGAGGCGAGGCUAACAGCGGCGAGGCUAACAGCGGCGAGGCUAACAGCGGCGAGGCUAACAGCAGUCUGGGGUCAGUGCUCACAGCAGGAAAGUCUGAUGAACUUCCUGUAUCUGAGGAUGUGGAGGACAUCAAGACUGUCCCUCCUCCGUGGCCUUUCUCCAUAUCUGGAUCCGUGUCUCGGACUAUGUCCUCCGUCCCAGACAGACGAUCGGGAGACGUGUGGUGGGCGGAGCGUCCAGCUCUCGCAGAAGAGGAGCCUGACUUUACAGUCGCAGACCUUAACGACGUGUAUGUGACGUCUCAAGAUGUGGAGAAUAAAAGUCUACUUACUACAGACAGAACUACACCCACUGAGAUGCAGGCUGAUAAAGAGGCUCCUGUCCCACCUGGGGUCAUACUCUUCAUCACAGAGGAUGAUGAGGAGUCACCCAAAAUGGCAGAACCAAAGGAGGAACCUGUGAGUCAAACUGUUCUGACCUGUUCUGAUGAGGACAAAGUGACGAUUACAGACAGCAUCAUCGAGUGUGAGGACGAGAAGACACAUGAGCAAGAGGACAGCACUGUGAGGGACAGCAGCUUAAACCAAAUCUCUACAAAUCCAAUAAAAGUUAGCGCUGACUCCCAAAGCACAGAGCCUGAAACACCCACCACUGAAGACAGACACUCUGAGGACACACACACCACAGACACAGCCAUCACACACACACACACUCCUGAUCCCCCCAGCGGUCAGAGUGAGACCCCUCUGUGUGCAGCGAUAGAGAGAGCGAGGGGUCAGAAAGACGAGCUGGACGUCAGAGAGGAGACAGACAGAGACAUUUCACAUGGAGACAGUAACAUGGAGGCAGAAACAGCAGGUUAUGAAACGGUGACGUCCAUGUCGAUGCAACCGAUUCCUACAGAAGCCAACAAUCCUGAAGAGUGUGGAAUCCUUCCACCUGAAGCCUUCUGUGAUACAAACCUCAUCACAGCUACAGAAGGAACUACAGAGGAACAUUACAAAGCACCGAUUAACGAAGACAUUAACACUCCGAUUUCCUGUGAGGAUGUGAGUCAUGUGACAUCUGUUUCUGAGCCUUCGGGACGGAGCCUAGUGGACUGCUUGAGGUUGGCUGCCUCAGAGGUAGAAAGAGAGGCAGAGUCUAUAAAAAAACAACCAGAAGCUGAAACAAGCAGCAGUAAUAGAACAGUACGCAAGGUGAACAUCAGCAAAGAGUCCACAGGGGUAGGAGACCAAACCUGCAGAACUCAACAGAAACUUAAAGCAAACGAGAAUUCAGAACCAAAUACUGAGAAGUCCAGUAAGCCGUCUGAGUCUCCAGACUCUAGUCCAGAUAAUCAUAAUGGACUUUACUCCAAUGAGGAUGUUCCAGUUUUAAAAGAAGUUGAUUUUGAUGACAUAGCAAGUGAAGAACAGAGCAUGAAUGAAGAACCUGGAGAAAUGACACCAGAUCUUCAGAAGAAGGAGACGUACGUGUGUCCCUUGGUUUUGUCUGAAAGUGUAGAGGAGGAGCUGGAGUUUGAGACGGGGCAGGAGGACCUAGGGACGGUGUGGCUCGCUGAACUCUAUAUGGACGAAGGACAGAAGGAAUCACCAGCAUCAUACGAGAUCAUCAACACACAGCCUGAAGCCGUGUCACAGAACUCUCGAGCUGAGAAAACAACUCACACAAAACCCUGUGAAAACAAGAGGAACAGAGCUUCAGUGCAGGAAGUUCAGCCUAAUGUUCCCUCUGGCUCCUGUGCUAUUGUUCCACCACAUUACAGCACAAACAAAGGAAAUGGAAGUAAGAAUGAGGAAGAGAAGUGGGGAAGUACGAUCUCUCCAUCAGAGCGCACUCACAAAGCCAUCGCACGGGCUGAACUUGUUCUUCAAACGAAUGCAGAACAUCUUUUUUUAGGGAAAACAGGAAACGUACAGCCAGAUAAAGAUAAACAUGCUCCAGAUCAUAUCAGGAGACCUUUAGGAACAUCUAAGGAUAAGACAGAUGAUGGCAGCAGGUCUUCAGAAAUAGCUGAAGAACUGGGAGAUAACAUCAAGAGGUCAUCAGAAGCAGAACUAAAACAGCCAGAUGGUGUAAACGCUAAAGAUGAAGCAGGUGAUGCUACCUCAUGUUUAGGAAAAGAUCAGACAGAUGAUGACAAAAGAGCAAAACAGCAAGAAAACACCAGCAGAUCUUUAGGAACAGUGAACAAAGAUCUAGAUGAUGUUCAGACACCUUCAGGAAUAGCUAAUGAACAGCCAGGUGAUGGCCAAAGAUCAUUAGGAACAGUCAAAGAAGAGCUCAAACAAUCUUUAGAAGAUGCUAAAAAACAACCAGAGGAUGUAAAAGAUCAGCCAGACGAUGAGAAAAGAGAAGCUGGAAAACAGGUAGAACAUUUUCAGAGACAUUUCGGAGCACCGACAGAACAGCCAGAUGAGGUCAAAGGAUUCACAGCAUUGUCUAAGGAGCCACUCGAUGAUGUCAGCUUUAGAGCUUUAGAAACAAGAAAGGAAGAGCUGGAGGAUAGAACAGCUAAACAUCUGUCAGAUGAUGUCACCUUUAGAUCAGUUAACAUUCCUUCAGGUAGCUCAGUGGAGCCACAGCAAAAAAACUCAGCAGACUCUCUUAAAGAACCUACUGAAGAACCUUCUGUUGUGUCAGAAGAGAGCUUCCUGCUGGAAAGGAUUUGCCGAUUGGCAGAAGACACAUCACCACAGUCUGCUCCUGUUUCUGUCCCGGUUCCUCGGCUCAGAAAGCGUCUCGUCCCCUCCGAGUCUGACUUUGAUCUGUCACUUACACCUCCACUACAACACAGAGUCUACACUACAUCACCGGAUCACAGCCAACUUCCUGUGUCAGAGGUCACUGUGACCUGUGAAGAUCCCACUGCAGAUGCUGCUGAGCUUCACGCUGAUGAAGCAGAGACGAGUAAAAGCCAGACGGAGAAAGCCAUGGUGUUCGAGGACGAGAGGAAAGAGACACAAAGCACAAAAUCUAACAAAGAAACUUUGGAAAACGUUCCAGCUCACAGAGUUGGUGUUGAGUACGAGCUCGCCGGGACUCGAUCAGCUGCUCCGCUCCUGGACCUUCUGUUCGAGCCGCUGAGUAAAGAUUCGUCUUGUUCAGGAAUCUCGAGCUCGGUGUUAAAUGAAAGUGAAGCUGCACUUGUGGAGAACGACAGCAGAACCUGUGUGUGUGAGGAAUCGGUGAAGACGUCGCUGGCUGUUCUGCCUCAAAGCACAAAGAUAAACAUCCCUCCACCUGUCAAUCUACAGGAAGUCCGACACAACACUACACCUGAGCAGGUGGUGUCUCCCCUCCCACACCCCACCCUUGUGAGCAGCAGUCAGUCAUUGCUGCAGUGGUGUCAAGACGUAACGCAGGGCUACAGAGGUGUGAAGGUGACCAACUUCAGCACAUCCUGGAGGAAUGGCCUGGCUUUCUGUGCCAUCCUGCACCACUUCCACCCAGAUAAGAUUGACUUUGAUGCCCUGGAGCCUCAGGAUAUAAAGCUGAAUAACAAGAGAGCUUUUGAUGGGUUUUCAGAGUUGGGGAUCUCACGCCUCUUGGACCCUUCUGAUCUAGUUCUGCUGUCGGUUCCAGAUCGGCUCAUGGUGAUGACGUACCUUAGUCAGAUCCAAUCACACUUCUCAGGUCAAAACCUCAGUGUUUUGCAGUUAGAGAAGAACAGCAGCAAGUCCAGCUAUACUGUCUCCCAGCCAGACCAAACCAAUGGCACAGACACUCUGGAUGGAGACGGACCAACCAGCACGACUCUGAUCCCCCCGCCUCGGACCAAACGGACAGUGAAGGGCGAGGACAUGAAGACGGAUGGAGGAGUGCAGACUCCAGUAGCACCACCACGGCUCAGACAGCAGGAGGAGAAAGAACAGAUUGAGCAGGCAAAUAAAGAUGAAGAGAAAAAUCCACAAGACACAACACAUGCUGACUCACCCAGAUGUCCAGUUGAGGAAAUGACGGACACCAGUCAGUAUGUGGUGAAUGAGAUGAAAGCUUUGGAGCUUGAGGAGAAACACAUUGACACCCGAGCAGCAGUGGUGGAGCGCAGACUGAGAUGCCACAUGGAGACAGGUAGUGAUAAGGAGCAGGAGGAGAAGCUGAUACAGGAGUGGUUCACACUGGUCAAUAAGAAGAAUGCUUUGAUCAGGAGACAGGACUAUCUGGAGAGUCUGCAGGAGGAACAGGACUUAGAGAGGAGGUUUGAGCUCCUGACCCGAGAGCUCAGAGACUUGAUGGCUGUUGAAGACUGGCAGAAGAGUGAAGCCCAUCAGCACCGUGAAGCACUUCUCCUGCAGGAACUUGUCUCUCUGGUCAAUCAGCGUGAUGAGUUAGUCAGAGACAUGGACGCCAAGGAGAAAGGGGCGCUGGAAGAGGACGCUCGCCUGGAGCGAGGUUUAGAGCUUAGACGCAUGAAAUACAGCAGCAAGGAGAAGUGUGUGCUGCAGUAGAGACACACAGCGUACUGACAAAUGUGUGUGUGCGUGUGUGUGUCUGUGUGUGUGUGUGUGUGUGUGAGAGAGAGAGAGAGGAGAUGUGUAUCAGAACUGUUGGUUUAUCCAAGUGCCCCUCUCCAACUGCACUGUAUCAGAGCACAGCAAUGCAUUCUGGGUAACUUAGUACACACUGAUGUCCUUAUCAUAGAAACUUUAAAUAAGAGAGAAGCAGUCAUGGGGACAUGGGGGACAUGUUAAACAUAAAAAUUGUUGGGUAUGCAGACGUGACCUCUGACUUUCAGGAGUGCCUCAGUGUGUUAUCACAAUUUGGACAUCAUGGCGCAUCACUGGCAUCAUCAUCAUCAUCUUCAUCAUGUUUAUAAUAAAGAGCGGCACUAUAAAGUGUCAUAUUUAUCUCUCUGUCUCUUCAUAUAUCUUCACAACGGUGAAAAUAAGUUCAGCUGUUACAGUAAAAAUAAAAAACAAAUAAAACAAAUAUAAUCUUUCAAAACUGGUAAUUAGGGUAAAUGUUUUAAUACAGUGGGGCAAUUAAACAUAAAACACAUCCACAGCUAAAGAAACUCGUUUUUCAAUGCAUAAGCGUGUUCUAACAGGAAAGACGUAUUGAACACUUCAGCUCCCUUUAAGACAAGACAAACACGUGUCAGUGUUCUCUUUAGUCAUGUUGAUCUUCAGACGUUUUCUUUCCUGUAUGUUGUGGAUCGUUGUCCUGCUUGAAGCUUAUUUACACCGCUGUAUUCAUCUUUACUCUGCUUUUAUUUUGGUUUCCUUUUUUUGUUUUUAGAGUUGUGUCAUUUUAUGUGUGAUAAACAACGUCCUCUCUGGAUUUUACAGAACUUCAUGUUAAGUUUGUGUUAAUUAAUGUUAAUGUUUUAUUUUAAAUCUUUAUAGUGCCUUUAAAGGUUUGAUACCUUUUUUGAAAGAUACUGUUUAUUUAUUUUGUGUUUUGUGGUGAUUUGACUGGAGUGUGUGUGUGUGUGUGUGUGUGUGUGUAUCCGACUGUAUUCUUUCUGUUUAAAGGUUAAGAAAAGACAUUUAUUUAGUAAUUACAAAGUAUACAAGAGGAUACUGUAAAAUAUUGCUGCUUUCUAGAAACAGGAAGUAUAAUAAAUUCCAUUCUUUAUUUUACUUUUAGCUUUUAAAAUGAUGUUCAUACAGUAUUAAAGUUUUUAUUUUCAGUAUGAUGCUGAGAUUAAAGCUUGACUCUGAUUGGCUACUGAAAUGACCAAUCAGUGGCUUUCCUUUCAUUAGCGUGAUAUUUUGACGUGUUUAUCGUGUUUUAAUAAAAUUUCUUCCUGCUUUA